UGAAGGGCCGGGAGGACGCAAGGCGCGGGCGUGCGUUCCUCCGAAGCCCGGGGGCCAGGAGCCCCUCGCACCACCUGGCCCGCAACCCGGAAGCAGAUGUGGGCUAUGCGGCGCUACCGGGUUGCGGUUCCGGGUCGGGCCGCGCCGCAGCCCGCGCACAUCUAGCCGCCGCGGCUCCCUGCCCCCGUACUACGGACCUGGGUAUCGGCGGCCGCAGGGCCGCUCCCGGGGCCACAUGGCUGAGGGGGACACAGGGAGCGACCAGAGGCAGAAUGAGGAAAUUGAAGCAAUGGCAGCCAUUUAUGGCGAGGAAUGGUGUGUCAUUGAUGAUUGUGCCAAAAUAUUUUGUAUUAGAAUUAGCGAUGAUAUAGAUGACCCCAAAUGGACACUUUGCUUGCAGGUGAUGCUACCAAACGAAUAUCCAGGUACAGCUCCACCUAUUUAUCAACUGAAGAAUUAUCCAGGGUACUUCUUAUGGUUCUCCAUGUUCUCUCUCCUCCUUGAUAUUGAGGAACUAUUUUCUUCUAAGUCCAAGCUUAAUCUUUAUGAGUCAUUGAUGAUAGAACAAUUUCAAGGGAGAACUUUUAAAGGAAGACAGAAUAUUGGUGAAAGUAUUCUUUACCUGUGGGUGGAGAAAAUAAGAGAUGUGCUAAUACAAAAAUCUCAGAUGACAGAACCAGGCCCAGAUGUGAAGAAGAAAACUGAAGAGGAAGAUGUUGAAUGUGAAGACGAUCUCAUUUUAGCAUGUCAGCCAGAGAACCCAGUGAAAGCAUUGGAUUUUGAUAUCAGUGAAAAUCAACCAGAAAUAGAAGAAUUACCUCCGAUUGAUCAUGGCAUUCCUAUUACUGACCGAAGAAGUACUUUUCAGGCCCACUUGGCUCCUGUAGUUUGUCCUAAACAGGUGAAAAUGGUUCUUGCCAAAUUGUAUGAGAAUAAGAAAAUAGCUAGUGCCACCCACAACAUUUAUGCCUAUAGGAUAUAUUGUGAGGAUAAACAGACCUUCUUGCAGGACUGUGAGGAUGAUGGGGAAACAGCAGCUGGCGGGCGUCUUCUCCAUCUCAUGGAGAUUUUGAAUGUGAGGAAUGUCAUGGUGGUAGUAUCACGCUGGUAUGGAGGGAUUCUGCUAGGACCAGAUCGCUUCAAACAUAUCAACAACUGUGCCAGAAACAUACUGGUGGAGAAGAACUAUACAAGUUCACCUGAGGAAUCCUCUAAGGGUUUGGGAAAGAACAAAAAGGUAAAAAAAGACAAGAAGAGGAAUGAACAUUAAAACCUGAAACUAUAUGAAAGGUUAAUUUGCCUAUAAUUAUACACACAUUCCAUAGUCAUCAAGGAAUAUAAUGUUCAGAGAGAAUAUCCUCGACUGCUCAAGACAGUCAAUUCAUUGUGGACACCAGCAUUAUCUUUUCCUUCUUGGUUAUAUCAUAUGCCAAAAAUAGAGAACUUAUUUUAUAUUCAUGUAUGUUUUAGGCUUAUUUGGAAGAAUUAAUCUGAACUUAAUCAUCACUUCAUCUAAUUUUAGGAAGGUAACAGUUGCCCAGGGCAGUACCAGAAUUAACUGUCCAUUUCAGUACAUGACAAGUGCCUUUGUUAGGUGGGGAAGAAAUGUCUCCAGAGGAAUAUAAAUACCCGAUUUCUUGUCAUAGGGAUUCUCACAUUGUUAAAUGAAUAUUGCCUUUUACUGCUCUUUAUGGCUUAUUGGAAUAGGAGCUCAUUGAAGAUUGAUCUUGGAGAGUUUCUUCUUGUGAUUUCAGUUCAUAAGUAUGUCACUUUUCAUUUUAUAGUGUUCAUCAUUGAGUAAUUGAUUAAGUGAAAAUCCAGCAGUAUCCAUCUGCAGUUAUGUGUCAAAGUAAUAAUUCAUCUAACAUAUUUGUUAGCCUAAGUGUUAUGCCUCGAUUUCUGUCACAAGUUGGUGAUUGUGUAAUUUCAUGAAGUGAUUUUCUAGUUGCAGCCUUUUUUCAUUUAAUUCUUGUAAUGUUAAACAAUGAAUAUGGAGUAUCAGUAGGCUCCUUUCAUCCCUGAAAUGUGUUGAUGUAAUACUCUGGUUUCUUUUAACAACCCAAAAGUACCUUUCUUGUGAUCCUCAUUGAAAAAUUAGAACCAUACUAGAAGCUAUACUAUGUUUAAUGGGACAUUUGUAUAAUGGGAUAGAGGUGUCAGAAUGACACUGGAGUAAGGCCAUGAGUAUGUUAUAAAUUUGAUAUACAUUUCCCAUUAGUGCUCCAGCAAGCUUCUCCAGUUCCAUGAUUUUGUAGAGAGAAGAGGAACAAAUCUUUAAGUUGGAAAACAGAAUCCUUUUUUUUUUCUAUUCUUAGCAAGUCAUCCUUUUUAAAAAAAUUAAUAUUUUAUGAAAAUUACCUCUAGACAGUAAAUUUACCUUUGAGAUAUAAAAAGUUGUGAACUUUUUCCCUUUCAGAUAUGAUUACAAUUGUUAACAGUUACUCAGUCCAUCACAGAUUUGUCUGGCAUUCUCCUCCCAAGGGAGAGGACAGAAAUUAGGAGGCAAUUUUGAAAUGGUACUAGAGCAUGGAAAACAUCAGAGGCUGGACAGAUUUCUUUCUUUUUUUCUUUAAUAUUUCACCUUUAAAAGUGCCAACUCUUACUAGGGAUUUCUAGUAAUAAUCAAGUAAACAACUUUACACUAGGAUGAAUUUGGAGAUAUAAAAUCUUAUUUUUCAACAUUAUUUAAUGUUAUGAGUUAUCAAGAUUCAAAGGAUAACUUAUAUGUAUUUGGAGCACUUACCUUGGUUUCCAUGAAAUGUUAA